AUGCCAAACAACAACUCUACGGCGCGAUUGUUAAACCGAGUCGGACCAAUUGGUCCACCAGGACCAUCAGGUCAAAAAGGUGAACCCGGACCAAAGGGAGAUGAUGGUAUUGCUGGACUGCAGGGACAACGUGGGGCACCUGGACGGCAAGGAGUUAGAGGUGAUCCAGGUUUACCGGGUAGAGACGGAGCUAAAGGGAAUGCCGGAAGUAAGGGAGAUCGAGGGUUAGUUGGAGCAGCCGGAGCUAAAGGCGAUCAAGGAUUUCCUGGAAUCCCAGGUUUUAACGGAGACUAUGGUAUUCCAGGGCUUCAUGGACUCCCCGGAUCUAAUGGCUUAAUUGGACUGACGGGUAUUCCUGGACAAAAGGGAGAACGUGGAUAUCCAGGAUUUGAAGGUAUAGAUGGAGUUUUGGGAGCAAAGGGAGAACCCGGGGAGAAAGGAAGUACAGGAAGACCUGGAAAAAUAGGUAAUCCCGGGCAACGAGGACCCCAAGGAGUAAAAGGCGACGACGGAGAACCAGGGACACAUGGAACACCUGGAGAUCCUGGUCCUAGAGGAGAUCCAGGAAUUCCAGGGUUGAGUGGACUCUCUGGGAUAAAGGGCGAGAAAGGUAGCUUAGGUUUGAAAGGGAGUAGCGGAUUUCGAGGUGAUCCAGGAUUGAUUGGGCUUCCAGGGAGGAGAGGAAGAACAGGACAAAAGGGUGAAGUUGGAAUGAAAGGAGAUCGUGGGGUACCAGGAUUUUUGCCACUAUUGCCUAAUACUUGCCGUAGCACAGGCUGUACAUUGCUACUCUCCGUGUGCGAAAAUGUUCUUAGUACUGAUCAGCUGCAUAAGAGUCAAUGUGGCACUGCAACCAUCAAAAAGACCCUUACGAAUUUGUGCAACUACGUCGGUGCUGAAUCGAAUGUGAAGCUGGUAAGUUGA